UUUUCUUAUUGUUUUUUUUUUUAUAUUGUGAUUAUCAUCUUCACUUUUUCUUCCUAUUAUUCUCCUAUUUCAACAGGCCUUGGCUGGCUUACGGUUUUAUAUCAUUUUGGCUCAAUACAACAAUCUGGGUCUUAGUAUCAACAACAACAAUGGGGAUUACACACAGUAAGCAAUCCAAUUCUUCAACCUCUUCUGGGAAAUUACGAACAAAAUCAAGAAAACGAAGCAAGUUGACAGGAUCUCUUCAUCGGAAUAAAACAAAACAACAAAGGGCCCUAGUAUCUUCUCCACCAUCAACAUUUAUUGAACCUAUUCAACAAAAUAACGACGCUCAGACCAUAUCUUUUUUACGCAAUGAUUCUGUAUCACCACCUAAUACAACAACAACAAUAACAACGACAGCGAUGAUGGCAACGACAGCAACAGAAGCAACAGAAGCAACUGUACCACAAACGCAUAUGAACGAAGACGAAAAUGAUGAAUUACUUCCUUUGACAUCAAUGAGGAAUAAGUCGACUGGUCUAAACAUCAACACUUCAAAUGAUAGGAGAGGCGGCAGAAGAACCACUCGAAACUCAUCUCGUACAGCAUCACGACCUGUUUCUACCUUAUCUUGCUCAACUGAUAGUGGAUUACAAAGUGCUACAAGUAGUGGAUGGACUUUUUCUGGUGGACUUUUCUCUCAUAUCGAUACCAAUACUUCUUCAACAAUUACUGCUAUUACUGAUUACUCAACUAUCUCCAAAAGGUCAAUGACGGAAUGGCCUGAUGAAUAUACUAACAUAUCCAACAAGAAACAGACUUUGCCACCGCCUUAUUAUCAACAAUCCGAUCAUCAUGGGACAUCCUCCUCUACCGCCACCGGUACAACCUGUUCAACUACUCUCAAUACUACUCUGCAAACUACUGAACCUGAUUUGUCCUUAUCUCUUACUGGCAAUCAACAAGCUUUCUUGUCAACAAACUCUACUGUACCUAGGAAUGCGCCUUCUUCUCUGCUAGACUCACUUCUGACCCAAUUGAUUCAAUCUCCAUCUUCGUCUUUUCGGUUGUUUAAGGAUGCAUUCACUGCAGCUAUCACCAGCAAUAACGAUAUUCAAGAAACAGUUUUCAAGGCUGCAGAAAUAUGGUAUCAACAAACCAACGACAGUACUGCCCAAAUGUGGUUAGCAAGAUGCAAAAUAGAGGGUUGGGGAACUUUAUCUGAUCCUGUGGUAGGAUUUACUCGAUUGAAGGCAUUAGCGGAUCAUGGAUCGUGGGAAGCGUUUUAUCCUUUGGCUGUCUACUAUUUGAAUGGUGUUUGGAAUUCAUCUUCUGAUAAUGGUAUGGUUCAACCUGUGGAUCUUUCGGCAGCUUAUCAAUGGUUUUUAGCAACAGUGGAGUCUCAUCAGCAGCAACCUGACUUUCCUUUGACUCAAGAUCAACAAGUUAUCUUUGAUGUGAUUAGUUUAGCUCAAUAUCGAUUAGGCUCUAUGUUAUUACAUGGUCAAGGUGUGGCAGAAAACUCUGAAGAAGCUCUUGAUCGGUUUGAAAAAAGUGCCUGUCUAGGAAAUAGAUAUUCUCAAUUUAUUACCGGAUUUCAUUAUGAAAAAGGAAUCAUUGCCAAACAAGAUCUCAUCAAAGCCCAAACUUAUUACAAGUAUAGUGCCGAUCAAGGGUUUGCGGAAGCUCAAGCUGCACUAGGUAUCUGUUUGAUUGAUCAAGGUGAAACAAAUCAAGGAAUUUAUUGGUUAAAUCAAGCUAUCGGUUUGAACAAUACCCGUGCUUUGUUGAAACUUGGCACGUUGCAUGAAACUGGAAGUAUCGUUCCCAAGGAUCAAGAAAAAGCAAUUCAUUAUUAUAAACUGGCGGCUCAUCAAGAUGACCCUGUAGCUCAUUACAUCUUAGGACUUCAAUACAGACUUGGUCAUGGAUUAUUACAACAAAAUUAUAUUCAAGCUGGGAAACAUUUGAUUCGAUCGGCUCGUGCUGGAUUUGCUCCGUCUCAAAGAUUAAUUGGUUUGAUGUAUGCACAAGGUUUGAUGUCAAUAACAUUGCAAGAAGAACAUCAUCAUCAACAAAGACGAAAAGAUGAAAAAACAGCAUUGGUCUGGUUCCGUCGUGCAGCUUCUCAUGGUGACGUACGCGCAUUAGGUUUGGUUGGAUCAUGCUAUGAAUAUGGUCAUGGUGCUGCUAUCAAUUUGGACAUCGCUUUACAAUAUUAUCAAAAGGCUGCUCGUAUAUCAAGUCCAUUCCAAACUGCCGCUCAAGUUGCUGUGGCUACGCUGUUACAUCGGAUGAAUCGUCAUCGUGAUGCUUUAGACUGGUUCCUUCGUGCUCAAAACGCUAAGGCCCAAGAUAUUCCUUUGGAUAUAUAUGAUCAAGCUCAAAGAACUGCAACUUUGAUGGUGGCUCGAUAUCGACUUCAUGGUUGGGCUGGAACAAAGGAUCCUGCAAUGGCUUUUGACAUGUUAUCUCAAUUAGUCUCCAACAACACAACAGAUGGUCAUGCUCAUUAUUGGUUAGCUGCUUGUUACGAAGAAGGUAUUUCCGGUGUAUGUGAUUGUAAUCUUGUCAAGGCUUUUUAUCAUUAUCAAGUAGCUGCAAUGACUGGGGACGUCGAUGCACAAUUUCAGGUUGGUUUUAUGUUAUCCAAUGGCAAAGGUGUAGAAAAAAAUCGACAAGAAGCGUUCCAAUGGUACCAAAAAGCGGCGCAACAAGGUCACAAAACAGCACUAUAUAGUAUGGGUCUCUAUUACGUCAAAGGGCUGGAUGGUGUAGACAAGGAUUUAAAAGUUGCUACUGACUGUUUUAAAAAGGCUGCUCAACUUGGUCUGGUGACUGCAAUGACUUCUCUGGCCUCUUUAUAUCGUAUUCACCUAACCUCAUUGAACAACAAGCAUGAUAAUGAGGACGAUCAAGAUAUUGCUGAUUCUUCUCCUUCUUCUUCUUCCUAUUAUCGUGAUCAAGUUAUUUUUUGGUAUCGUAAGGCGGCUGCUUUGGGUGAUGUUAAUGCCCAACGUGAACUUGGUAUACUUUACAAUAGUGGACUUUUGGGUAUCACACAGGACCAUGCCAUGGCGUUUGACCUAUUGGGGAAAGCUAGUCGGCAAGAAGAUGCUCAGGCUACACUGUUAUUGGCAAGUUAUUAUCAACAUGGAACUAUGGUGGAGAAAGAUGAUGAUCAAGCCCUUCAACUUUAUCUUUACGCUGCUUCUUUGGGAUCAUCAGUUGCUUAUUUUGCUGCUGCUCAACUCUAUCACUCAUUACAUCGUUACGAACAAGCCUUCAUUCAAUAUCAGUUGGCAUCCAAAGAUCCUCAAUUACAAAGAACAAGAAUUGGACGAACGGCCAAAUUGAUGGUGGCUCGAUAUAUUCUUAGUUAUAUCGCUAGCUCUACUACUUCCUUUGGACAACCUACUUCUCAUCUUCAAGUUACUGAUUUGACUAUUAAUCAUACAAAGGAAGAAGCGUUCAAAAUGUUGGAAAAUUUGGCGGUGAUUGAUCGAUUUGAACAUUCUUUUUAUUGGCUUGCUGACUGUUAUUUUACGGGUAAUGGUACUUUGGUCAAUUAUCAUGAUGCUCUUUAUUGGUUCCGACGUGCUGCUGAUGAGAUUGAUAACAAGGAUGCGAUGAUCAAAGUGGCUCAUAUGUAUGAAAAUGGACUUGGAUCUGAACUGGAUCUAUCUCUAGCAUUACAAUACUUAAGGAAAGCGGCAGUCUUGGGUCAUGUUGAAGGACAGCAUCAAAUGGGUAUGGCGUUCUGGCGUGGUCAUUACAACUUGCAAAUCGAUUUCAAUGAAGCGAUUCACUGGUUUACCAAAUCAGCAACACAAUGUUACAGUCAAAGUCAUUGGGCUCUUGGGCAACUUUCCAUUGAAAACGGAGAUGAAGAAAUGGCUAUUGCAUGGUGGCAAAAAGCAGUUGAUCUUGGACAUAUAGUCUCUAUGAGACUUCUUGCCGCCUUAUUAUUACAACAACAACAACAACAACAACAACAACAACAGUCUCCAUCAUCAUCGUCAUCAUCCUCUUCAAUUGCAUCAACAUUGGACCUUGGACAUAUACUUCAACUAUUGGCAGAUGCUUCUCGACUUGGUGAUACAGAAUCUCUUGUAUUGUUAGGUCAAAUCCAUCAAGCAGGCACAGUGACAACUUCCUUUAAACAUUCUAAUUUGGAUCAUCAAGGACAAAAUCAGUAUACUAAUGAUAAUAUGGAGUAUCAAACUGGCAGUGGUAGUAGCACUAGUAUUGUGAACAGUGAUGGCGAAGAAGAAUGGAUAAUGGAUGAAGAAGAAACUCAACUCCUUCAACGACAACAAGAAGAACAAGAACUGGCUAUUCGAUGCUUUGAACAGGCGGCUACGAUGGGUCAUGUCGGUGCGAUGUUUUUGGCUGGACAAUCUUGGCAUACUCAGGAACAAUAUGCUGCUGCCUUUGAUUUUUAUGAUCAAGCUGCUCAGCAUGGACAUGUAAUAUCCAAAGUUAUGCGUGCUCGAUAUAGGUUAGCUGGUCUUGGCGGGAUUCCUAUUGACAAAGAACUUGGUUUUAUGGAAUUGCUGGAAUGUGCUGAAAAGGAUCAGUGUGUAGAAGCUUAUAACUCACUUGGACAAUGCUACGAAAUGGGAUUAGGAACUGUUAAGGAUAUAACGUGCGCUUACCAUUGGUAUCUACGUUCUUCUGAAACAACCAACGAUGCUGAAGCAAUGUACCGUAUUGGCCGAAUGUAUGAUGACAAACAGCUCAAUACUUCUGAUGUUGACAACAGUCAUGAAGCUGCCUAUAGAUGGUAUCAAUUAGCCGAUCAAACCAGUGGACAUGUACUUGCCAAUUAUCAGCUAGGACUUUAUUAUUCUCGAUAUAAUAUCAACAACAAAACGUUGGCGAUGAAACAUUUUCGAAAGGCGGCCAUUGAAGGUAACAAGGAUGCAAUGUAUGAAUUGGGAUAUCUAUAUAUUAGCGAUGAAGAUCAUGACAACAAACUAGAAUGGCAAUUGGAAGGCGUUCAUUGGCUUACACAGGCAGCUCAAACCGGAUUCAAGCAAGCACAAUGCGAAUUGGCCAUUCUCUAUCAUUCUGGACGUGAUUAUGUACAACAAGAAUCUGACAGCAAUAAUAUCAAUGAAACAGUGACGGUGGUUGUGGAACAAGAUUUUGAAAAGGCGUAUGAUUUGUUUUGCCAAGCUUCUAGACAAGGACAUGUUACUGCGACACUAUAUAUUGGUACUUAUUAUGAGCAUGGUAUUCAUGUGGCUCCUAGUACAGAUCUUGCCAAGGAAUGGUACCAAGAAGCUAUUGAACAAGCAUCAUCGGCAGAGAAUGACAAAGACAGUGGCACUGACAAGUUAUGGUUAGCGGAACUUGGAUUGGCUCGUUUAUGGCAUCAAGAAAAAGCAAGUAUAGAAGCCUACAAUAUGUUUUGUGCAGCUUACAAGCAUGGACCGAAAAAAGGACUAGAAAAAGACGAAAUGACCCCAGGAUUGAGUUCUUCCGCGAUGGCUUCCUGUAGAGUGAUGAUUGCUCGAUAUCUUCUUCAUGGAUGGGGUGGUGUACCCCAAGAUACAAGACUGGCAGCACAAGAAUUGGUAUCUAUGGCCGAUAUGGGAUACACCAAAGUGUUUCUGGAAGUGGCACAGUGUUAUGAAAAUGGCAUUGGUGUAACGCGUGAUCAUCUUAUGGCCUAUACUUGGUAUGGACGUGUUAUUGCUAUUGGCAACGCAAGGAUUGAACAACAACAACAACAACAACAACAAGAGGAAGAAAAUGAUAUUGUUGAUGAUGAUGAUCUUUGGGAUGAACAAGAUGAACAAGAUCAUGUCAUGGCUCUUUAUAGAUUGGCUGAAAUGUAUCGACUUGGAUAUACUCCGGAUGGUCAAGUGGAUCAAGAACAAGCUUAUUCACUUUAUUCAUUGGCAGCAAAUAAAGGUUCACUUGAAGCUCAACAUUAUGUACAAUCCUUUUCAGCGUAGUUUGUAUCUUUUAUAUUAUUAUGCAUCACUUUUAUUAUCAUUAUUAUUAUU